GUAAAAAUGAUAAAAUUUGGUAUUGAUUCAGUUCGUUACCAACUGUUUCGGGGUCAAGACGUCGAAAAUGUCUGGUUUUGGACGGCAACUUGGAGCUGUGCUAAGCGGUAUUUUGUUGGUGUUCUGCGGAGGAAUACACAUAGGAUGGAGUAUUUUGCAUUUGUACAUGGGAGGAAACAAGUGGGCCGUUGGGAUCACUGUAGAUGAAUACCGAUUUGCAAUAUUAUCAUUCUUCACUGGUGUCGGAUUUAUUCUUAUCAUAAUGACCUUUUCGAGAGAUUGGCUUUCUACGCGUGUGUGGCUGAUGCUUUCUUCAUUUUUCUUCAUGAUAAACGGAAUAUUCUUCACAGCUAUGCCAACAGACUAUCCAGCUACGGUGGCAACACGAAUAAUUGCAGGUUUUGGUCACGGAAUUGCCCAUUUAGUGAUGUCGAUAUACAUUGGCGAAAUAGCUUCAAAACAGUAUAGAGGGAAGUUGAUUACCCUCAUGGUUUGGUCAAUCAUAGCUGGCAUAGCAGUAUUUUCUGUUAUAUCUAUGGUGACGACAAAUGUGAUAUUCAUGUUCGAUCCAGCGAUGCACGCAAAUAUGGCAUUGGGGAUAAUAAUUAUGCCGCUCAGCUUAGCUGCAUUUGUUCUCGCAUUUUUCCUCACAAUCGAGUCUCCCAUUUAUACGCUACUUGUUAAAAACGACGAAUCAACGGCACAGAAGAAUUUUCUAAAAUUGAGAGGCCAAGCAUUGGAAACUACUGGUACCACCGAGGAAUUUACCGAGAUGAAACUACUGGUGGCGGAAAGUAACAUGCUUUCCAAGUUCUUCAUUACUGAAGGUAACUUCAAGCCGUUCCAACUAGUACUAACAUUGAAGCUCGCUAAUUUAUUGUACUUCAACUACUCAAUGAAUAUCGCUAAAAUGUUAUUAAUGUCAGCGAUGCUCAUUUUAACUCCAACUAGCCCCAAUUGGGCACCUCCGAUUCUUAUGUUAAGUAAACUGGCGGCCGCUACCUUUGCAAUAUUGAUAAUCGACAUACUUCCUCGUCGCUUCCAAUAUGGCAUUUCAUCCACAUUCACUGGAACAUUCCUUCUCGCAUUUGGUAUUGUGCUUGCAACACAUGAUUUUAUUGAACCCUGGCUAGCCCCUUUCAUGUAUAUAACCGCUGAAGUGUUUGUUACAUUCGGUAUGCUCCCAGUUUCGGAAAUUCUACUCUCUGAGGCUUUCCCUCCUAAAAAGAAGGUUUUUUCUGUAGCAUCCGUGUUGAUCUGCGAGUAUGUAGGCCACAUGGUAGUUUACAUUAUUUAUUUCAAUGUAGAAAGUAGUUUAGCAAAUACAUACAUCAAGACUAUUGUCUUCGCCAGUGUUAUUCUACUGAAAUGCUUACUCGGUAUUUUGCUUAUUCCCGAUACAAGGAAUACCACGCCACGAGAAGCCGUCCAAAUCAUGUCCAAGCAUUAAACGAUCAACUAGUGUGUGGGAACCUAAUUUAGCGAUCAUCGUGCUUUUCCUAAUGUUAUACUCUGAAACAGACUGUUUAAAAUAUAAUUUACAAUUCA